AGAAAUCCGAGGAGACUCGAUUUCUCUCCACAACCCGGUUGUUCAUCUGCGUAGCGGAUCCCCAUCUCGUUUUGGCCUCUUCUUGGAUUUGAAGAGAUCGUUUUUGUUUUCAUACAUUCUUAUUAUUAAUGCUAUUUGGGGCAACCUGUGCGACAACACUUGUCCGGUACUGACUUCUCACACACACAUACAUAUAUAUACAUAUUCCUUCUUUUUCCUCAAAACAAUUGUUUGCGUCGGGGCUGCUUAGCUUACGUCUUUUUUUUUCUGAACGAAAACCGUCAAUACAGACUCAAAGGACUUUUUACUUCGUCGUUUGCUGCUCAAAACAGCAUAGCCAAAUAGCAGCUACAACAGAACACGAACGGCUCACACCCAUGACGGAUUUCGAAGAAGUGAUUCUGCUCAACGAUAAAGCUGCGUUGCUGCAGUUCUUUUCUGCGGCGCCGAAAAAUGCGGUGAACGGCGUGAACGGUGAGGGCUUCACCCCUCUCUACUUCGCCUGCAUGAAGCCGUCGGUGUCCCUAAGCACCAUUGAGGAGCUCAUCCAUCUCGGCGCUAGCGUCGACGACAGGGCCACCGACGACGAGACACCGCUGUACAUCAGCGUGUACAACCACCGCAGUGACGUCGCCAAGUACUUGCUAGGCCUACGCGCGGAUGUGAAUGCCACCAACGGCGCCUUGAAGGAAACGGCGCUGCACGUCGCUGCGCGAUUCGGCUAUGGCGAUCUCGUUACCCUUUUGCUUGGUGCCGGUGCGGAUCUGAACGCGCGCAACGUAAGGCAGGAGACCCCGCUGUUUGCGGCUGCCGAGGCAGGGUGGCACGAGACGGUGUAUCUGCUGCUCAACGCCGGUGCCAACACAACCCUCACCAACGAAGACGCCAAAAGCGCACUUUACAUCGCUUCAGAGAAGGGAUUCAAGCACGUGGUGGUGCUGCUGAAAGCCCCCCAGGCUGACCUGAAGCACGCCAAGGCGGAGGCGGACGUCGAGUGGCGGCUGCGUCCUGAGCCGAUGAUGUCUUCGGAUCAGAUGAUGGACAAGGCGGCCACGGACAAGAACUUCUCGGCAGCGGUGAAGCGGCGCUCCUCUGCCACGGUGGAGGUGGUUCCCGAGACGAAGCCGAUGGAGGUGAUGGACAUCAAGGUGCCGGAGCCGAAGAUGCGAAUGCACGACCCUCUCACUGGUCAGGCCUAUGGCCCGUGUCGGAGCCUAGCAGAAGUGGGCUACGACUCUCCCCCGGCCAUACCAAAAGAGCUGCAGCAUCUUCCACCCGCGCGGCUGUCCCGUGUGGGCGGAACUUCCAUGGUGGUCGGCACGGGAACGGAGGAAGGUGCUCGCGAGCCUUUCCGCGUGGAGACCCCCAUCACUGAUGCGAUGCACUUCGAAAUGCCGCACAGUAAGUAG